GAGCUGUUAGGUCUGCUUUCUGCCUUCUCUUCUUCUAUCUUUACUCUUCACCCAAACCUAAGCCCGAGUUUUCCCUCUUGUUUCCUGUUUCCUUCAAUUUAACCAAUUUAACAAUAUUAAACCGAAUAAGAAAAAGAAAAUUUAAUAUGCUUUGUUCUUGUUACCAAUCUCUUUAGUGUUUGGAUGUAAAAAGAAAGAAAAUACAAGCCUCAAAGAUGCCUAAAAUAACUGGUAAUGGACAGAGUCUAUCUUCUGGUGCUGGUGGGAAUUCAAAUAAACUGGUCUAUCCUCCUGGUUGCAAAGAUGUCAAUGAGGAAUUACCGACUGAUGAUCUUAUUCGACGUCUUAAAGACAUUGCUAUGGCGUUCCAACAAAUGUCUCAGGAAGAAGACAAUACCUGUUACAUACCCUUAGCAUUGUUCCUAGCAACUAACUUUUUUCUUGAACAUCAAUCAAGGGAUGUACGGUUAUUGGUUGCUUGUGCCAUCGCUGAUGUAUUCCGAGUCUAUGCGCCGAAUGCACCUUACCAGAACCCAAGUCUAAUUAAGAGAAUAUUCUUAUUUUUCAUUCAACAACUUAGAGGACUGCAAGAUCCUAAAGAUCCUACUUUUAAGAGAUAUUUCUAUCUCCUUGAAAACCUUGCCUGGGUUAAAUCUUUUAAUAUAUGCAUUGAGUUGGAUGAUUCUCAGUCCAUCUUCUGUCAACUUUUUAAUCUUAUCUUCAAGAUUGUUAAUGACAACCAUAGUGAUAAAGUCAAAAACUUUAUGCUGGACAUGUUAACACCUUUAAUCAUCGAAGCUGACGCAGUUUCUUCAAAAUUGGUAGAGAUCAUUUUGUGGCAGUUGAUAGAUCCCAAGAAAAAAGGAAACAAACAAGCUUGUUGGCUUGCAACUCAAAUCUUGAAAAAGGCUAACAAGACUAUGGAACCUUAUUUGAUUACAUAUUUUAAUAAUGCCAUAACUCAUGGUGUUCAUGCAAAUGCUGGUGAAUUGUCAGAUGAUGAAGAAGAUGAAACACAGCGUACUUCACUUAGACCUGGCUCCAAGAGCUCCAAUCAAACUGUAUCCAAAGAGAAUCAAACCGUCAACCAACUUUGUGAUCUUCUUUAUGAACUUAAUCAAAUCUGUCCUUCUGUGAUGGACGGUAUUCUUCCCCAAUUGGAGUUCAAGAUCCGUAGCAACGAAGAAAGAGAAAGAUGUGAAUUCACCAAACUUCUAGCCCGUCUUUUUUCUGACAAAAAUUCAAGACUUGCAGAGCAAUACCCUGAACUUUGGAAAUCGUUCUUGGGAAGAUUCCGAGAUAUAAGUGUCACCGUUCGUAUGAGAUGUGUCCAGUACUCAAUGCACUUUUUGAUUAAUCACCCCGAACUGCGUGAAGACAUCACAGAACAACUGAAGCAAAGGCAACAUGAUCCUGACGAAAAUGUUCGAUAUGAAGUUGUAAUGGCUAUUAUUAGUGCUGCUAAAAAAGGAAUCGAAAAUAUUAAUGAAGAUUUAUUGAGUUUCGUUAAAGAGCGAACUCUUGAUAAAAAGUUCAAAAUUCGUCGAGAAGCACUUUUUGGUAUGGCUCAGCUUUACAAACAAUACAAUAUUGCCCAAUUAGGCGGCGGUGAUGAUGAUAGGCAAAGCUCUACUGACACUAAUACAAACAAUUCAGCUUUAAAAAUGUUGAACUGGAUCAAAAAUAAAUGUCUUCACAACUACUAUCAAACUCAACUAGAUGAUCGUCUUCUGGUUGAAAGAAUUCUUCAUACAUGUCUUAUACCGUACAAUUUACCUUUGCAACAAAGGAUGAAAAUUUUAUAUACCUUCUAUGUUACUAUUGACGCCCAUGCUGCUCGAGCUUUUAAUGAGCUACUGCGGCAACAACAAAGUGUUAGGAAACAAGUUAAAGAGGUUCUAGAUUUGAUCAAGAAUGGGGAAAAAGAUGAGAAGGAUCCAACAGUUAGAUCAAAAAUUCAAUUGUGUGCAAAAAAUUUGCCUGAGCCUGUCAAGGCAGAUGAAUUUCUUACCAAGUUGUGUCACAACCUUUGUCACAACCCAGUUCUUCGUCAUCACAUGGAUACUAUCGUUUCUUCUACAUCAUUUCCACACAUCAAUGAAGAUGGUUCCAUUUCACCUCCUCCAUCAUGUUCUGUUAUUGAAACGAGUGUUAAAGAAAUUCUCAAGUCACUGGGAUACCCUGUUCAAACUAAUUCAUUCUAUGUCAUAAUUAAGCAGCUCAUGGAAAGAAUCGCGCCCGUUAUGAUUGAUUUUCAAGGAUUGAUUGUUCUAUUCAACUAUGUUUCCGAUUCGCUUCUCGGCGAAGGGGAGAUGGAUAUGCGUUUGGGCUUGGAACCAUCUGGUAAAAGGGGUCUUCAGCUUAUUCACGCUUUAUCCUCUGUUUUUCCGGCUAUUUUCUAUGGAAAAGAAAUAUUUACCAACUAUCUUUUACCAUUCCUCUGGAAAUCUUCUGAUAAUCCACAAAUCGGCGAAAUCGUGCUUCAAAUCCUGACCAAUGUUGGCGGCGUUCAAGGAUCCAUUUCUAGCUCAAAUAACGGUGAACAAAAUAGUGUUUUAACUGCUACUCCAUGGUGGGCUACUGAGGAUGAUUUUAUCGCGACUCUCGUAGAUAAAUUUGUCCUUAAAGCUUCAUCAACUAAGCAAGCAAAAUACGCGAUACAAUGCUUGAAUGCUAUUAUUGGUGAUGAUGAAGAAAAACUCAGGAUAUUUGCACAAAUUCUGGAUCAAAUCAAGGAAGUUGGACUAACUUUAGACUCUCCUUAUUUCCGUAUACAUUUGGUCACUAUCGGAAUGGUUGCUACUUGUGGUGGACAUGUUUUCUUCCCAAAACUUUUGCGUUCAAUCAUUCAAAAAUAUGUAGUACAAAAUCUGCUCAUGAAGGAUCAAAGAUUAGAAGAAGAGGUCCAAGCGCAAGAAGAAAGUGAAAAGAACAGAGAUUUAAGCGACCCAACUGUCAGCUAUGAAUUUUGCUGUGAAGAAGUUAAAUGUAAAAUUGAAGGUAUCAAACUUAUGGUAAGAUGGCUUUAUGGCCUCAAAUUGAAUACCUUAAUAGCAUCUCCUGAGUCUCAACAAGAAGUAGUUGCAGUUUACCAAAAUGCUGCUAUGAAUACAAUGAGGAUAAUGACAGCUAUUGUUCAGAAUAAUGGUGAUUUAAAUGAAAAAGGCCUAGCUGGUACAACACAUGAGAAAGCAAGGCUCAAGUUAGCUGCAGCAGCAGCAAUGCUAAAGAUUGUUGGUAACGAUUCUAUCACAGCAACAUCUCAAGGGGAUACUACUGCCAUAGUUGCUGCUUCCUCGCCAUCAUCGGCUGUAAUAACCCCAACUCAAUGGCAUACCUUAGCGACAAUUUUAUUAGCAGAAGAAGAAUAUGUUCGUGAUCGAUUUGCUCUCAAGUUACACAAAGGUCUCAUCUCUCUUUCCCUCGGACUUGAGUUUUUAGCUCUAUUUUGUUUAGGAGGCUACUAUCAACACGAAAAUCCAUUCAAAAACAAAUUAAGAUCAUAUCUCGUGUUAAAUAUUGCCAAGCGUCGUGAUUUGGUCAAAUCUAAAAGCGUAACCAAUCUCAAAGCUGUUCUUCCUGAUUGUAUCAUGCCUUAUGUAAUUCACCUUCUUGCUUACAUGCCUUUCUAUACGCAAUUCGAUAAUGUUGAUCAAUUGGAAGUUGUCAAGAAUUGCUUAAUGUUUAUAAUCGAACCUAUCGCCUUGAAAAAUGAACAGUUCUCAUUCUCAUACUAUAAGAAAACUUUUGAAAAUAUUAAAACAUGCGUGGAUAGAGUUUCAGCCUCGGCUGUUCCAGAAGCUGAUGAAAAUGGAUCGAAUUCUACUCCAACAAUGGCAACAAUGACUAAUUACAAGAUUUAUUGUGCCUGUGAUCUAGCAUUGGGUCUAAUUAUGAGCAAGACUCAAAACUUCCUUCUUAAGGACUUUCCCGUUCAACCUUCUCUGCCAGGAAAAUAUUUCAUGGUUUCACCUUCAGCUGCAACUAACAAUUCAAGAUGCUAUCUUCCAACAUCAAUGCAAUUCCAACCACCUAAACGUUGUGGCUUGGAAGCUGAAAUCCUGGGGAAAAUAACCAAAACUCUCACCUCGAUUACUCAACCACAAACUGUAAAUGCUCCCGCCAAGACGCGUCAAGGAAAAGGAGCAUCAACUAAUUCUAGUGGAGACCAUCAAGUAGUAGUUAUUACUUCUGAAAAUGUGAUAGAAGAAGGAGGAGUUGUCAUUGAACAAGAAUCGGUUGAAAAUGAUACCGCAAAACAAGCUACAGUUUCUCCAGCCCCUACACAUACAACAACUAGGUCUCGUAAACAAGAUUUAGGAUCAAUGGUUUCUAACGAUGAAAAAGAAAUUGUUGAAAAAAGAAAUUCACGACGUAAACAAGAAUUGAUACCUACAUCAACUAGACCCACACGAUCUUCAGCCAGAAACUCUGACGUUUCCUCAAUUGAAGUUAAAAUUUCAGAAGAUGAGGAUAUGGAACAUGACGAUGACGUUGAAGGGGAUGACCAUGAAGACGACUCUAACGCUCAAGAUGAUGAUAUUGAAUCGAAAAUUAUAGAGAUUACGGGAGAAGAGUUUGCUGAUGAUAUUGACGACGCCGAUGCAGGAGCUACUCGUGCAUCCAAAAGAGGAAGAGCAACUGGCAGAGCCUCUCGAUCAGCUGCUCCAACUGGAAAUCAACGUAACUCUAAAGCAAGUGAAGAUGAAUCUUCAUCACCGGCACGAAAAUCUGCCCGGAUAGCUAGAAAAGCUCCAUCCAAAAGGUCACCCUCGCCUGAGAUGAAACCCGCCGCGGCUAGAGGCAGACGGAAGGCUAGACGUUGAUGAUGAAAAUCGAUAAUGACAAAGAAAAUGAUCAUUAUCGUGAAUCAAUAUUACAAUCUUCAAUUAUUUAUAUGUGUAUAAAGAUGAAAAUAUUCCGGAGUUGACAAAUUUAACAGAAACAAAGCUUCUUAAAUACCAGUAACACGGAACUCAGCAUCUCAUCAAUCCUUCAAUUUAACUCUUACCAUUUUUAAUUCAUUUACUGUCCUAUCUGAAAGGCUUAUUCAAUUAAUUAGGCUCUAAGGUAUCUCAUGUAACAAAACUAUCAAAGGCUCGUGAUUCUAAGAAUUACUUGCAGGACAUCGAUCCCUCCGAUUAAACGGAAGAAUUGAUUGUGUUGUAAAACAAUUUAAAAUACACAUCGUCAUUCCUCCUUUAUUAUCCUGAUCCAUUUUAUCUUUUAACUGAUUUCAGCCAAUCUUCAGUCUCAUCUCUUAAUCCUUCAAUCCCAUCAAAUAUACAACAUUAUCAAUUUCUCAUCCAUUCUCAAAAGUUAAUAAAGUAUCCCAUCUUUGAUCCAUUAUCAAAUCCCUCUCAAAUCAACAAUAUAUUUCACAAUUUAACUCACAAAUUAUCAUUUUUAUAUUGUUCCAUUAAACACAGCAAAAACAAAAUGUGUAUAUAACUACGAGCCAAUAAAGUUAUUCAAGUUCAA